AAAGCCAGAUGGAGUACUUCCAUUGUGUCAGAUUUUGCUAGACAUAUAGUUAAGGCACUAAGUACAAGAUUCUGUCUCAGCAGAGGCUUGGCACAGAGUAACUGGCAGGCUGACAGGCACAAGUGCCAUGAGAAAGAUGAUGACCCAGGAGGACAUGAUGCCCACAGGAAUGCAGGCACCAGUUCCUGGAAGAAAGGAGUCCGUUCAAAGAAAGAAAGAAGCUGCUAAUUUCACCACAAAGACUCUGAUGGUAGCAAACUCAGUGCAAAAUAAAAAAAGCUUGAUUCCUUGGAAAUCCAUUGAUUCCCUGCCCUGCAUCUCAGGGCUUAUUAUUGAAGCAAUUGCAUCCUGUAAGUCACACAAUGGCCUCACUUUUGCAGAGCUGAAGGAAGUGCUCGGCACAAAGGGAUACGAUGUGAGGAGGCACUAUCCUAGAAUCAAGAGGAAGCUACAGUCCUUGGUGUCUAAAGGUGCCCUGGUGCGCAUGACAAGUGGCAAUGGCUCAAGUUUUUUUGUAGUCAAAAAGUACCAGGAAAAGAUCACCAAAAUAUCCAGAAACUUGGAGAAAGCCGCAAGGAUAAAGAAGGCAGGGAUGUCUGCUUCCGAAAAGGCAAGGGGAAAAACUGAAGAAGCAAAGAGUUUGAGCUGGAAGGCUGGAAAAAUUAGAAGAAAGCCCAAGAGAUCCCAUCAGAAAUUAAAGGCAGGACAAAAGCCCUCAAAGCGAUCCAUCAGCCAAAGCAAAUCUGUUGAAAGAACACCAAAUCUCUGUCCACGGGCCCUUUCUGCUGCUAAAAAAUCAAGUUCUGGUGGUAGCAAAAGUAAUUCUACUUCUCGAGAAUCACACCACUCCAAUCAAGGAUCUGCUUCUGUUUUAAGGAGAUCCAGCAGAAACUGCAAGAAUACGGCUGCAUCUAUUUUUAAGACAGCCCAAAGUUCUCUCGACGAAAGAGCUCCUAAAAGAUGCAGACCUUCAAAGAGAGGGCUUCCUCCUCCAGUAAAAGUGCAAGUCAGCCCAUACUACAAGGACAACCUCCUUGCAAAGCAAAAAGCCCAUUGUAGAAAGGUGAAGACCUACUCCGCUAAACGACGAAGCCGUCGCCGGAUCAGAGCUGCAUUUCACUCACCAAGGAGGAUCUCAUCCAAUUCAGAAAAAGUCCUGAGAAGAUAACAGAACUAAACCUCAAGGAUGGAGGCCUUCAAAGUAGAUGUCUUCCUUGUAUCUAUUAGAACCACAAAACAUUCAAUAAAGGUAACUAAGGCCUCAGGUUCCAUUCAUAAUGGAUGAUUUCAUAGCAAUAGCAAUAGCCCUUAGAUUCACAGUGCUUUACAGCCCUCUCUAAGCUGAUCCAGCAUAUCGCCCCCAACAAUCUGGGUCCUCAUUUUACUGACCUCAGAAGGACAGAAGGCUGAGUCAACCUUGAGCCGGUGAGACUAGAACUGCCAAAUUGCUGGAAGCUGGCAGUCAAUAGAAUUAGCCUGCAGUACUGCAUUCUAACCACUGAGUCACCACAGCUCUUAUUUCAUAAAUACAAGCUAGGGUCUAUAAUUUGGGAGACAUAUAAAGUGGCCUACAAAAGUGUUUUAAAAUCUGUAUUUCAUUUAGGAGCUUCUUAAAAGGAAAUGUUAGCCUCUAGCUACUUGAAUUCUUCUGUUCCAUUUGGAAUGUUUUGCUCUGCCAUAGAGAUGUGAAUUCUCUCGGUAAAUUACAAUAUUCCUGGCAGCCUUAAACCAAACCCACAGUUCUUGCACACCAUCAUCCACAAAUACAAUGAUGUUGAAUUUGCAGGCCCUUCAGUCAUAGUGGCCAAAUUCUGAGAAUGCCAACCAAUCACUCCUCACUCGUUGUCUUUCAACUUUGUUCCUGAAUUUAUAACCCUCCCUUCCAGAAUUUCCACUGUUCUGAAAGGCAGAAAUUUGUGCUAUUCUGACAAGCCCCAUGGAGUAUUAUCAUCUCAACAAAUUCUGCUUUUGUGACGAGCCUGAAAAAUUGCAGUCAUUCUGGGCAACCUACAGUGGAGAUGGCAGCAGGAGGCAAGGGUUCCAGCAGAAACUGAAAACACUGAAUAAUGUUGGUGCCUCAUGAAUUUAUUCUGUGGCAGAAGUGGGGGGCCGUUUUAAAGAGGAGGCAUGGAAGCAGGUUCUUUUAGGGCAGUGUUUCCCAAAUUUGACAAUUUUAAGGCAUGAGGACUUCAACUCCCAGAAUUCCACAGCCAGCAAUUUUAAGUCCUCAUGCCUUAAAAUUGUCAAGUUUGGGAAACACUGUUUUAGGGGGUCAUUCAAAUGUGUUGUCAUUUGCCUUACCCUCAAAUGUAUGUGGGAGGCAGAUGUGUACAGUUACAAAUGCUGGGUAAAGUUGUUUGAUAGGACAUUGUUAGAAAAGCAAGUUACAUAUCUGCAAGCCAAAAUCUUUGAAGUCAGCCCCUCAGAGUCACCCAGGAGAGCAGAAAAAAUGGAUCCUGUAACUAUUUGUUCAGUGGGAUGCUUCAUGGGGAAAAACUGGAUGGGACAAGGAAGCAGGAAAAUUGGAUCACGGGUGAGGGAAGAUACAAGGAAAGAUUCAGAAAAACCAAAUGGACAAAAGAGAGAGAAAGAGAGAGAGAGAAAAGUCUUUGUAGAAAGGAGAGCUGUUUUGCCUGGAAGUGGUGAAAAUUGGAGGGAAAAAUGGGCGCGUAAAGUUGCCUCUUGAAGACAGCGUUGUAGUUUUUGUGGGACGGCGGGAGAAAACCAGUUCCGAAAAGGGACUGUACCAAGUGAAUCGGAAGAGGAGCGCCAGGUUUUGAAUUUAAGAGCCAUCAGAGAAAGCAGCCCGGGACAAGAAAAUUCGUCGAAUAAACUACAACCUCCAGCUACGUGCAGAUCUUCAUUUUCCUGCUAGACCGGGAGCUCUCGCCGCCGCCCACAUCGGACCUAAGCACCAAGCAUGUCAACGCCAAAACGGCCCUGGGAGUUGGACGGCCUGGAAGUGUGACAAAAUCAAAUAAUGCUUUGGCCAAGAGAGAGCGAUGGCUUCGGGUUCUUUUUAGAGCCAUGUUUCAAUAACUGACGAGGGAACAAUAAAGUUGCUUAAUUAUGGUUAGAAACCUGAUUUGUGGGUUUUGAUUAGUCAUUUUCGCUUUCUGAAUAGACAAUAAAAAGCCGUCCUGCCAAUCUGAAAGUGGAUAGAAUUUUAUAGUGCCUGAGCAAAUCGACUUUUGCCCAUAUUCCUUAGAUUUGUGCCAAUAGCGGCUCGCGUUUUAUUUUGACAUUUGUAAACUAAAAUAUUUUAAGCUGCAUUAUUGAGAAUCGUUUCUCAUAGUUAACCCUAGUUACAUUCUUAGCUUCCAUCUGCAAAAAGGUAACUUCAAAAGUUUUGAAACUAAAUUUUACCAUGUGUUAAAAGGGUUGCAAAUUUUUAAACUUCGGACAGAAAAAGGAGUCACUAGGGAUAUUGGAAUAAAGUGCCUCAAAUAUACCAAUAUUAUUUUGUUCGCUCUCUAAUCCAUUUUCACUAUUUCAUAGUCUUCAGGGAUCUAAACAAAGCAACCUAUACUAAACAUGAAAGACCCAAAAAUAAUGUGUUUUAGAGGAAUAAAAUAUCCUGUUACCAAAAUAAUUUGAAAUAAGAACUCUUGAUUUAGAAAGAACAAUGAAACCAAGUUAUUUUCCCUUUGAUAUUGGAUGAGAAAAAUUUAACUUGACUACUCAUUUU